AGUAAAAUACUAUCUAUCUCCCUUUUUUUUAACUAUCUAUCUCCCUCUUUCCCCAAAGAAUAGUAGAACAAAGUGGCAGUAAUCAAGAUGAAGAAGACAUCAUUGACAUCUCUGUUCUUAGGAUGUUACAGGAUAAAUAACGCGAAUAGAUACGAAGUAGAGGAGAAGGAUCACCCGAUGAAAAUAAGAACUUGUCCGGUGUUCAAGAGGCUGUCUUUGUCGGACAUAAGUGAUCCAAGCUCGCCCAUGUCGUUCAUGGAUGAUCUCUCAAACUCCUUCACAUCUGACAAGCUUCGUUUGUUUUCGAUGUCCGAGCUGAGAGUGAUUACGCAUAAUUUCUCAAGACUUAGCAUAUUGGGAGAAGGAGGGUUUGGGCCGGUUUACAAAGGAUUUAUUGAUGAUAAGGUUAAACCGGGUUUAAAAGCCCAACCGGUUGCAGUUAAGGCACUUGAUCUUCAUGGUCAUCAAGGUCAUAGAGAAUGGCUGUCAGAGAUAAUAUUUUUGGGACAGCUAAGUAACAGACAUCUUGUUAAGCUCAUAGGGGUUUGUUGUGAAGAAGAGCAAAGAGUACUUGUUUAUGAGUACAUGCCGCGAGGUAGCUUGGAGAAUCAACUCUUUAGAAGAAAUAGUGUAGGACUGGCAUGGGGACUAAGGAUGAAGAUAGCCCUUGGAGCCGCCAAAGGUUUAGCAUCUCUCCAUGAAGCAGAGAAACCUGUUAUCUACAGAGAUUUCAAAACCUCCAACAUAUUAUUAGACUCCGAGGUCUUUUUAAUCCUUCUUAUAUUUUUGUCAGCACUAUCAAUUAAAUUGCUAUUUUGAUUGAUUUCCCGAAUAUUUCAGAACUAUAACGCCAAAUUAUCUGAUUUUGGUCUGGCCAAAGAUGGACCUGAAGGAGAACAUACACAUGUAACAACUCGCGUAAUGGGGACACAAGGUUAUGCUGCACCCGAAUAUAUUAUGACUGGUCACUUGACGACAAUGAAUGAUGUGUACAGUUUUGGAGUCGUUUUGUUAGAACUGCUAACCGGGAAACGAUCAAUGGACAAUACCCGGGUACGGAGUGAACAAAGCCUCGUGGAGUGGGUUCGGCCAAUGUUGAGGGAUCAAAGAAAGCUAGAGCGGAUCAUUGAUCCGAGGCUGGAAUGCCAAUACAAUACCGAGCAAGCUCAGACAGCUGCUGUCUUAGCCUUCAAGUGUCUAAGCCAAAAUCCCAAGUAUAGACCAACUAUGUCUAAAGUGGUAAAGGUCUUGGAGCCUAUCCAAGAAGUUCAGGCAAAGGAGCCUGAUAGUAACAACAAAGAAACAAAGAUGUUUAUGGAUAGAAAAAAGUGUAGGCAUUAUUGUAAAGGCCAAAAACGUGUGAAUAUCGCUUAUUCAGAUUCUCUCCUUUACAAGGAAUCAGGGACAAAGCAAAAAAUUGGGAUUUGA